AUGGGUUUGAUGAGUAGUAAGGGGAUACAGACCAGGACUCGCAACCUCGGCGAUGGCUGGUACAUUGCACACGAUUCAAUGACGUCCAUCAUCCCUACUCAACUCGGAGCUGCGAAUCUGGGAGUUUUUUACACCAAGGUGGUCGACUCUGCCGCCAAGCAAAUAAGCACCACCGUCAAUGCGACGCAAAAUCUUGCAUUCAAUAUCAAUGGGCUCAGCCUGCGCUUGUCCUCUCCGGCACCCAUCAGUUGGACCUGGAUCAUCAAUUUCGCAGCUGAUAUGUUGGAUAAUGUCAGCACUGACUUCGCAUUCCUGUUUAACGGAGAGGCUUACAGUGCUUAUUGGAGAUAG